AGGCUAUGCUAUGUGAGAUCAAUUAUAGACAUUAUUAUAGUGCAAUGAACAUUUUCAAUUAAAUUAACUAAUCUUAUAAUAAGAAAUUGAAGUGUUUAAGGAUCAAUUGUGUAAGAUUUCUAUGGAUCUACCAGGAAAAUUUGACAAGAGUAUGAGAUUGAAAAGAUAUGGUGUUUGUUUCGUGAUAUUGUUCAUAUUAUUCGUUAUUUGGAAACUAUCUAUGAUAGAAACAGGCGUGGAUAGGUUGCAGUCUAUAAAAGAAGCUUUAGAGCUACAUAAAGAAACGCUACAUUUAUCUCAACAACAAGUCUUAUUACUGGAACAUUUAGAAAAUAGCAAUAAUAACGAGAACAUCAAUCUUCCAACAAUAUAUGCAAUUACUCCGACAUAUUGGCGACUUGUUCAGAAAGCCGAGCUUACUAGAAUAUCGCAGACGUUAAUGCUUGUCCCAAAUGUGCAUUGGAUAGUGAUUGAGGAUUCAGAAACAAAGACAGAUCUAGUUCGUAAUUUAAUUCUCAAUUCAAAAUUGAUGGUCACACAUUUAAAUGCUAAGACACCUCCAUUCGAGCAACUAAAAGACAAGGAUCCACGAUGGAAACGUCAUCGAGGCGUGGAACAGAGAAAUAUGGCUCUCAAGUGGUUACGUGAAAAUCUUAAGGUAAAUAGAGGCAAAGGGAUCGUUUUCUUUAUGGACGACGAUAAUACUUACAGUAUCAAACUCUUCGAAGAGAUCGCUAAGGUGAAGAAAGUAGGAGUUUGGCCCGUUGGACUAGUGGGAGGUUUGAAUGCCGAAACCCCUAUCAUUGACCAGAAAACUGGCAAGGUAACGGGUUAUAAGAGCGGCUGGAAACCGGAUCGUCCGUUUGCCAUCGAUAUGGCAGGAUUCGCCAUAAACGUGGACCUCAUCCUGUCUAAACCCGAGGCGCAGUUUUCUUACAAGAUGGAGAAGGGACUGCAGGAAAGCGAGUUCCUCAGUUACUUUACCACCAAAGAGGAAUUAGAACCGCUGGCGGACAAUUGCACCAAAGUGUACGUCUGGCAUACCAGGACUGAAAAACCCUCGGUGAACGGUGUUGUGCCCGGUUUAGAAGUGUAAGAGGUAGGAGAAAUUUUCUUUUAGUCGGUUGUUAAAUAUAAAAUCUUUAUUACGUGAGGAGAAAAACAAAUCGUGAACAAAAAUUAAUUGACUGGAAUUUAGAAGGAAAACCGGUAAAGUAAUAAUAAUGACACAAAAAAAGAAAUUAUUCAAGUUCCAUUUCGUAUUAUUUUUUUUACGUUAAAUUCGCCUAAAGAUUCUAGAGCUAAGGGAUCAGUAGUAUGACGGUAACUUUAUAUAAUGUAAUUUGCUCAUUAGUAUAGAAUUGUUGAAAUUAGUUUAUUUGUAUAUAGAUAGCAAUAAAGUCACAUGCGAGACAAACAUUUUUUAUCAGGCUUAACUUUAAUCAGAUAAAUCGAAAAUAAAAGUAUGCGCGAAAUGAUAUUUGCACGAUUAAAGUAAUAAAAAAAUAGAAUCUAAUACUGUAAAAUUGAUACAGUUUUAUUCAAGCCUAUGUUGAUUGCAGCGGGGUGUUUGCAAGAAAAAAAAUUAAGUGUACUUGUCACUCGACGAAAGUCGGUGCGAGCUGUGCAAAGAAUUUCCUUUAUAAACAUUUAUUUGAUUGUAAAAAUUGAAUUGUACUCCAUUGUUAUCAGCUUCUGACAUUUUAGACUAGGAACAUGUCAUUAUAGAAAACUACAUAUUUAAGAACGGCAGUAUUGUGAAAUUUUAGUUGUGCUUCUCGUUAACAGAUGGCGCUAUUAACGAAAGCGUAUUCUAGCAGGUCACAGCUGUGUCUGGUUAAUUACUGGUCAAAUUUUUUUACCAUGUUUAUAUUUGCAAAAAUGACAUACACCCCUUUGUUCGUAAUUAAAUAUGUAUUGAUGAUGUCGAUUAUUACAUUAUAAAAAAUAAUAGGUCACACACAUAUCUAACUUUAAAAAUUAUCAUUCCUAUGACAUAUUGGAUAGUCUGUGAUCUUUCAAAUUAAUAUGCUUAACAUUUUUUUAUGUAAAAUUUGUAUUCCAUAUAAACUUUUUAUUUGUCGUAAUGCUUUCUACGUUCAGGCAAGACUGCGUGCCGAAUAUUGUGUUAUUUGUAAUUAAAAUUUUGUCGUUAUACAGGAUGUUGUAGGAUUGGAUUUGAAAAUGACUAUCAAAUAUUGAAAACGACCAAUUUUCUCUGCUUUUUCAAUAAUUCCUUUUAAAUCAAUAUUUUAAUUGUCAAUAGUUUACUUUAAUUUUUUUUAAACGGACAGUGUUAACAAUUUAGAGCAAAUAAAAAGACAACUGUUUAAAUAACAUCGUUAUUCUCGUACAUUUUACUUUUUGUUAAACUUCUAAAGUCAAGUUAUAAACUGUUUAAUAUUUAUAUAAAAUUUGUUUUUGUUUCACAUUUUAAUAGACGAUAAAUGUUUGGAAAAGUUCACAAAUGCUCAAAAUUCGAGAAGAAACAAUUUCGACACAAUCUAUGCACUGAUAUUUUAUGAGUUAUGAGUAUCUACCAUCUACCUAAUACAGCCGUAAAAUACAGAGUGAUUCAGAACAUCCAAAAAACUUUUAAAUAUAGAGGGGACUUACAAAUACAAUUUUGUA